GGCCACUCCCACCUUCCUCUCCCAGGCUGUAUGCUCCAGCCUCCUCUACACACUCCUCCUGUCCUGCCCUCAGCUGCUCCAAGAGGAUGGAGGCUGAGGAGCCACCUGAGGCCAGGAGAUGCUGUCCCGAGGCCCUGGGGAAGGCCAGGGGAUGCUGCCCCGAAGCCCUGGGCAAGCUUCUGCCCGGCCUCUGCUUCCUUUGCUGCCUGGUGACCUAUGCGCUGGUGGGUGCUGCUCUCUUCUCCGCUGUCGAGGGCCGCCCUGACCCAGAAGCAGAGGAGAACCCUGAGUUGAAGAAGUUCCUGGACGAUCUGUGCAACAUCCUGAAAUGUAACCUGACAGUGGUUGAAGGUAGCAGGAAGAACUUGUGUGAGCAUCUGCAACACCUCAAGCCCCAGUGGCUCAAGGCGCCCCAGGACUGGUCCUUCCUGAGCGCUCUCUUCUUCUGCUGCACAGUGUUCAGCACAGUGGGUUAUGGCCACAUGUACCCUGUCACCAGGCUCGGUAAGUUCCUGUGCAUGCUGUAUGCGCUCUUUGGAAUCCCUCUAAUGUUCCUGGUCCUCACAGACAUAGGAGAUAUCCUGGCCACCAUCUUAUCCAGGGCUUACAGUCGGUUCCAGGCUCUCCUUUGCCUCCCCCACGAUAUCUUCAAAUGGCGCUCCCUCCCGCUCUGCCGGAAGCAGCCUGACAGCAAACCGGUGGAGGAAGCCAUCCCUCAGAUUGUCAUUGAUGCUGGUGUGGAUGAACUCCUAAACCCGCAGCCCAGCAAGGACCCCCCCUCUCCGAGCUGCAAUGUGGAGCUGUUUGAGAGAUUAGUUGCCCGUGAGAAAAAGAACAAGCUACAACCACCCACGCGUCCCGUGGAGAGGAGCAACUCCUGUCCCGAGCUGGUGCUGGGGCGACUGUCCUGUUCUAUUCUCAGCAAUCUGGAUGAAGUGGGCCAGCAGGUGGAGAGGCUGGACAUCCCUCUCCCCGUCAUCGCCCUGGUCGUCUUUGCAUACAUCUCCUGCGCGGCUGCUAUCCUCCCCUUCUGGGAGACCGAGCUAGGCUUCGAGGAUGCUUUCUACUUCUGCUUUGUGACACUGACCACCAUCGGGUUUGGGGACAUCGUGCUGGUGCACCCUCAUUUCUUCCUCUUCUUCUCCAUCUACAUCAUCGUGGGCAUGGAGAUCCUGUUCAUUGCCUUCAAGCUGAUGCAGAACCGGCUCCUGCACACCUACAAAACCCUCAUGCUGUUUGUUUGCCAAAGGGAAGUUUCGCUACCUUGGUAAAUGGAGAGGGUUCCGGCAUUUCCGUGACCUACAGAUGUGAGCCCCACAAGCUUCCCACACCUUGGUUUUAUACAGGGUUAGAAGCUGGGCCCUGGUAAUCUGCCAUCCAAGCUACCGAGGCUUGGGGAAACAACCUACUUGAGGGCCAAAUUCAGCGUCAAGGUCCCUCAGGAACCUGGCCAUGCCAUUACACAUGACAAGAGGAAAGGUCAUCUCCAUUGUUCCCAGUCGAAUUAGCAUCCCUGUCUGUCUGAAAGGCACCAUUUUAAGAAUAUGAAAGAACUAGUGAUGUCACUGCUUUUUGUGUGUGUGACAGGAAGAAAAGAAAAAAAAGACCUUUGUUUUUGGCAUUUAUACUUUGAGGGAAGUUAAAAUCUUCCCAAGUGGCCCCAGCUUCCCCCCCCCCCCCCCCAUGAGUCAAAGUGUAUCUAGGUAACCUGUUUCCCUGAAUGACUGCAUGGAUGCACUUGACACCUGCCCUACCCCGGGCUGCUGACGUCACCAAGCAGAGUUGUUACCUGGGAGAAGUCUUCAUGGCUGGAUUCUAGUAGAGCACCUGUCUCAUUGCUUAGCCCGUGGAUGGUGCCACUUGUGUGAAUUCGAUGUAACACUGUUGUCACAUCAGAGAUGGAUUGGUCACCCCUCACCCCAGGUAGAGACACUCAAGAGCUGCCCCCGAGUGGCUGAUGUGGAGUAGAUAUUCCACCUGUGUCUUGGCAACUUACUUCCUCUGUGGACUGUCUUUGGACAGUGAGGUGUGGGUCUGUGCUGGACCAGCUAGAAAUGUCACGGAGGGAGCACCCUUCAUCCAUGACAAUGCCUUGCCUUUCCUAUGCAACAGCUCUGGGCUAUGCUGUAUACCAUCUCCCCUCUUCGCAGCCAGCUUCAGGUGAUCAUUAGCAUACUCAUUUCAGAGUCUCCCUAGUCUCUGCUCCUCCUCAUCCACCCUGCCCCUCCCCCCAUCAGGCUCUCUGGGGUCCCCUCCUAUAGAACAUACCCUGUUCACAUCUGUCUCCAAGCAGCUUUUGAGGACCAAGAAAAGGACAGUGACAGAUGACACGGAGAUCUGGUUGGCAAGGUCGGGGAAGGACACACAUCCUUUAUUUUAUUAUUGUUUCUUUUAUUUGAAGGUUAUUUGAAAUACCUCACGGCUGUAUCUUGUCUCCCUGAGCUUGCAAGCUUAGAAACAUGAGUCCUGCAAUUAGCAAAGUUAGUUCCUGGGUGAGUGGUGGCUGGUGUUGCAGAGGGGAGCCACAGGGGGAAUGCUGUGAGGUGGUAGUUUGAAAGCAGCUGCUGGCCCUUAGGGGCUCACUAUUCUGUCUUAGAUUCCAGCCGUUGCCAAAAGCGGCUUCUCAGGAGGGUCUUCAGUUUCUCCUUCUGGGUCCUUCUCCCUCUUCCCUGCAAGGAUUAAAUUCUAAAUUCCUCCAACCCUUGAAGAUCUACCUCAGGCACUGGAAUCAACAAGGUGUGAGCAAGAACCAUUGCAAAGACAAAGUGCCCCAGGGUGAACCUUCAGGCCAGUGCUCCUGGUUUUGCCAUCUGGCAUUCCUCAAGCUUUGUUUAUACUGGUAAGGUGUGGCAAAGCCCUGCAAACCCAAAUUCAUUGACAGCUUCGCCCUUCAAGGGGCUCGCCAUGGGGCUGGAGGAGGUUGCCUAGAGGUUCUACAGAUACCCACCAAACACUGGGCAUUUAUCCAGAUUGGCACAAAGCAAACCUGAACCAAGUGAAUCCUCAGAGCAUUAGUGACUUCAUGAAAGGUA